GAUGCUGUGAUAAACCUGAUGUUUGUCCAGGAUAUCUGCAUGGUGCUGGGGUUUGAGUGGACUGUUCUGGCCUACGAGCUGAGCUUCUCCAGGACCGAGGUCUGUCAGUUCCACAUCAAGUCCAGAGAGAAGAGGGUCCAGGCCAGGAACAUGGAGUAGGAGUGCUGGUGUGUGAAUGGCCCUGUUUGAAUACCUUUCCAAUGCAUCCUUCCUUCCUCCCAUCCUUGAUAUAAUCACAGAUCUAAGAUGACUGGAUUGGUUGCUUUUACCGGUCCACACACAUACAGAUCAGUGACUAUGAAAGGAAAAGCCAAGUUGAUGCAUUUUUGGAGUGUUCGAACAGGGCCACUGUCAUGAAAUUAUUUCUUAAUGUAAUGUGGAAGUAGUGUCUUGCAAAGAACUGACAUGACUCUUUAUUCUACAUGUUAGAGGAGCAUUGUCUUUGUUCUAUAAACUGGUAAUACAAUUAUGGGCCUAUUGCAAUAAACAAGGUAAUAUCUUGUUAAACCAAUAAUGCGUGCUAUAAUCACCCGCACAGCUGAUCUCAAUUGCAACCAUUACUGGCCACCGAUUUACUGCUCCUUAAAAGGUCAGCUGCAUAUCCUGAUUUGGCCUUGUUUUUCAUCAAUGUUGUCUUGGGGGUGUGGUUUGAUGUGGGUUUUUCUUUGCCAUUCAAUCACAACAAACAAGUCCGGUAGUGAAUACAGCUAGGUAAGCAUAGCAAGCUUUGCUAUGGAGAGAACUAAGUUUUGACUGACUCGCCAUGUCAAGAUGGUCAGCUAAUUCAGUUCAAUAAAACAAACAUUGGCCAAAUAAAAAUUGAUGGAUAUGUUCCUUUUACCAAGACAAAACAUUUUCUGCUGUAAAUAUCAUAUUGAUGUGCAUACAGUUGAAGUCGGAAGUUUACAUACACUUAGGUUGCAGUCAUUAAAACUCGUUUUUCAACCACUCCACAAAUGUCUUUUUAACAAACUAUAGUUUUGGCAAGUCGGUUAGGACAUCUACUUUGUGCAUGACACAAGUCAUUUUACCAAAAAUUGUUUACAGACAAAUUAUUUCACGUAUAAUUUACCGUAUCACAAUUCCAGUGGGUCAGAAGCUUACAUACACUAAGUUCACUGUGCCUUUAAACAGCUUGGAAAAUUCCAGAAAAUGAUGUCAUGGCUUUAGAAGCUUCUGAUAGGCUAAUUGACAUCAUUUGAGUCAAUUGGAGGUGUACCUGUGGAUGUAUUUCAAGGCCUACCUUCAAACUCAGUGCCUCUUUGCUUGACAUCAUGGGAAAAUCAAAAGAAAUCAGCCAAGACCUCAGAAAAAUAUUGUAGACCUCCACAAGUCUGGUUCAUCCUUGGGAGAAAUUUCCAAAUGCCUGAAGGUACCACAUUCAUCUGUACAAACAAUAGUACAGAAGUAUAAACACCAUGGGACCACGCAGCCAUCAUACCGCUCAGGAAGGAGACGCGUUCUGUCUCCUAGAGAUGAACGUACUUUGGAGCGAAAAGUGCAAAUCAAUCCCAGAACAACAGCAAAGGACCUUGUGAAGAUGCUGGAGGAAACAGGUACAAAAGUAUCUAUAUCCACAGUAAAAUGAGUCCUAUAUCGACAUAACCUGAAAGGCCACUCAGCAAGGAAGAAGCCACUGCUCCAAAACCAACAAAAAUAGCCAGACUAGGGUUUGCAACUGCACAUCGGGACAAAGAUCGUACUUUUUGGAGAAAUGUCCUCUGGUCUGAUGAAACAAAAAUAGAACUGUUUGGCCAUAAUGACCAUAGUUAUGUUUGGAGGAAAAAGGGUGUUGCUUGCAAGCCGAAGAACACCAUCCCAACCGUGAAGCACGAGGAUGGCAGCAUCAUGCUGUGGGUGUGCUUUGCUGCAGGAGGGACUGGUGCACUUUACAAACUAGAUGGCAUCAUGAGGAAGGAAAAUUAUGCAGAUAUAUUGAAGCAACAUCUCAAGACAUCAGUCAGGAAGUUAAAGCUUGGUCGCAAAUGGGUCUUCCAAAUGGACAAUGACCCCAAGCAUAUUUCCAAAGUUGUGGCAAAAUGGCUUAAGGACAACAAAGUCAAGGUAUUGGAGUGGCCAUCACAAAACCCUGACCUCAAUCCUAUAGAAAAUUAGUGGGCAGAACUGAAAAAGCGUUUGCGAGCAAGGAGGCCUACAAACCUGACUCAGUUACACCAGCUCUGUCAGGAGGAAUCAACCAAAAUUCACCCAACUUAUUGUGGGAAACUUGUGGAAGGCUACCUGAAAUGUUUGACCCAAGUUAAACAAUUUAAAGGCAAUGCUACCAAAUACUAAUUGAGUGUAGGUAAACUUCUGACCCACUUGGAAUGUGAUGAAAGAAAUAAAAGCUGAAAUAAAUCAUUCUCUCUACUUAAAAUAAAGUGGUGAUCCUAACUGACCUAAGACACAUAAUUUUCACUAGUAUUAAAUGUCAGGAAUUGUGAAAAACUGAGUUUAAAUGCAUUUGGCUAAGGCGUAUGUAAAUGUCUGACUUCAUCUGUAUAAAGACACAAUACCUACACUUUACCUAACAAUUCAAAAUCAAUAGUGUGUAACUUCAGCUGUCUAAACAGAAGUAGAAUGGCACUUCUAUUUCUGUGAUCUAUUUGACCAAAUCUGUAAAUUUGGCUGUCACACAGACAUGCACAGCUCUCUGGGUAAGGUUCUGUCUUCAAGUCUCCAGUGGGUGAUGAAGUCCCUUCCAUCUAUGUCAUGUAUUACAGGUUACGGACAUUUGCAGUCCGGUGGCAGGAGGGGUGGAGUGUACGGCACUCCAUCCUGGAUAUGAAAGAGUUUGCCUCAUGUGCCCAGCAGGCAGAGUUCAAUAACUACAGGCAGAUGUGAGAUGCAGGAGGAUGGCCCUCUUCUCGUAGUGAGUAGCCUACAGAGUAAAAUUAGAAGAAUACAAUUGCAGAACUUAUGUAGAUAUUCUAAACAAAGUGUUUUGAUAACUUUCAAGUGUAACAGUUCCAUGUAGAAUAAACCAUCCUUCACAUAAUAUUGUAGAAGCAGUGUUCUGCUAAUAUAACAAUGUGCAAAUAUUACACUUGUCUUUCAUCCUUUAUAGUCAUUCACAGACGAUACAGAUACUGUACCUAUCAACAUUUUGUCUGGUGGUGCUGGGGCUACCUUGCCAAACAUGUCAGUCGUCAUACUUUCCUGUAUGGUAUCCCAUCCGCCCCCCCGGCAGAGGUCCGUAAUCCAGGGCAGAGUCAGGCAGGUACAGAACGGCAGGCAGGCUCGGGGUCAGGGCAGGCAGAAUGGUCAGAACCAGGGGAAACUAGGAAACAGAAACUUGAGAAAACAGGAAGACGGGAAAGCAUGCUGGUAAGACCUGACAAGACAAGACGAACUGGCAACAGACGAACAGAGAACACAGGUAUAAAUGCACAGGGGAUAAUGGGGAAGAUGGGCGACACCUGGUGGGGGUGUCUCCUGAGGGGGAAGAGGCACUGUCCUCAUCACAACUCUGUGGGUGUGUAUGGACCAUGUUAGUGAUGUGGACACAGAGGAACGCAGUCGUGGGUGAAGAGGACAGCGCCUCUUCAUCCACGGAUGGGACUAAGCACACCCCCAGAGGGGCCCCUGUGUUGAUGGUCCAGCUUGGCGGAUGUGUUGUUGCCUCCCCUCACCGCCUGGGGGUGGCCCGUCAGGAAGUCCAUGAUCCAAUUGCAGAGGGAGGUGUUCAGUCCCAGGGUCCUGAGCUUGGUGAUGAGCUUCGAGGGGACUAUGGUGUUGAAUGCUGAGCUGCAGUCAAUGAACAGCAUAGGUAUUCCUUUUGUCCAGUUGGGUGAGGGUAGGUUGGAGUGCACUGCUUCUAACCUAGCCUAGUGGAACCAGCCUGAUCGCUGUGUUCACCUUUCUAUUUCACUUCAGAUAUCAUAAAAUGUGAAGUGAAAUAGAAUGGUGAACACAGCAAUCAAGCUGGUUCCACUAGGCUAGGUUAUGCCCUGGACAUUAUAUGCAUCUAAUAAGUAGAAUAUAAGCAACACAUAAUGUCAAUUUAGAUACAUUUUGUUUCACAAUUGGGUUCUGUAUUUGUACAAAUGAUGAGCCUGUGAAAGCUUUUGACACUGACAGGUGAAGAUUGCUGGCAGGAUACUUGCCAACGUGUGGCUGACUGUUCCAUUCAAAGGACGGCAACAGUAAGGGCAUGUCUGCAUGAUGCUGAUGAGGGCCCCCUUGCUGAUCUUCUCUAUGCUGCAUGUUCGGCUGCAAACUGGACAUCUCUCGAACAACUGCAGCAGGCAAUCUUAUGAGGUGGUGUUGACUAGUAGGGCCUGUGACAGGGUGAUAUAACAGAGGGCCAAGUGGUAAAUUGCAUUUUGUUCUAAAGAAAGGACCAAACUUUUUGCUAAUGCACUUCACAACCAAAAUGACUCUACUAGUUGUAUCUGCUUGGCUGGGGAAUUAGCCAAUUGUUUAUCAAGCCGGGUAUUUUCUUUGAAUAAAACGAUUUCACAUUUCACACAACACACAUUAUCUGUCAUUGUUGAUGAAGCCAUCUGUGUCAUCAGGGCAGUAACUCGGGUCACUAUCAGAAGCCUCAUGAUGGCGUGUCCUUUUCAUAGGAGUUGAGGGAGACUGGCAACAACGGAGGAGGUGUCACAACAGUGUACUAAAUAGCAGCAACAAACCCAAACCAACCCAGGGCCAUAAUGAACAUGUCACAGUUGGUUACAUAGCUGGUACUUGUGGCGCAUGACUCGGGUCAUGCGGUCUUGCCUGACAAGCUGUAAAAAUAUCAAGUGAACAGUGAAUGAAAUUCUUUUUUGAGGUCGCUAAAUCAUUGCAAUCACAUUGCUGGACAUGUUAUGAUACCAACCUUUGCUCCUGGUAGGUCCCAGCGUCCGUUCAUGACCAGGGGAUCAGUCUGGCACCCAACUGUGCACUUUGUCUAACAGAAAAACAGGUUUCAUUUUCAUCAUCCCUCCAUUUGUUUUAACAUAGCUCGAGAGACAACGAUUGGAUACAGGCCGGUGAUGCCAUUAACCUAUGUAACCAACUAUGUAACCAACUGUGACAUGUUUACUAUGGCCCUGGGUUGAUUUGGGUUUGUUGGUACUAGUUAGUACACUGUUGUAGUCAGACAUGAGUUAGCUAAACUCAGCAAAAAAAGAAAUGUCCCUUUUUCAGGACCCUGUCUUUCAAUGAUAAUUUGUAAAAAUCCAAAGAACUACACUGUUUCCCAUGCUUGUUCAAUGAACCAUAAAUAAUUAAUGAACAUGCACCUGUGGAACGGUCGUUAAGACACUAACAUCUUACAGAUGGUAGGCAAUUAAGGUCACAGUUAUGAAAACUUAGGACACUAAAGAGGCCUUUCUACUGACUCUGAAAAACACCAAAAGAAAGAUGCCCAGGGUCCCUGCUCAUCUGCGUGAACGUGCCUUAGGCAUGCUGCAAGGAGGCAUGAGGACAAUAAAUUGCAAUGUCCGUACUGUGAGACACCUAAGACAGCGCUACAGGGAGACAGGAUGGACAGCUGAUCGUCCUUGCAGUGGCAGACCAUGUGUAACAACACCUGCACAGGAUCGGUACAUCCGAACAUCACACCUGCGGGACAGGUACAGGAUGGCAACAACAACUGCCUGAGUUACACCAGGAAUGCACAAUCCCUCCAUCAGUGCUCAGACUGUCCGCAAUAGGCUGAGAGAGGCUGGACUGAGGGCCUGUAGGCCUGUUGUAAGGCAGGUCCUCACCAGACAUCACCGGCAACAACGUUGCCUAUGGGCACAAACUCACCUUCACUGGACCAGACAGGACUGGCAAAAAGUGCUCUUCACUGAUGAGUUGCGGUUUUGUCUCACCAGCGGUGAUGGUCGGAUUCACGUUUAUCUUCAAAGGAAUGAGCAUUACACCGAGGCCUGUACUCUGGAGUGGGAUCGGUUUGGAGGUGGAGGGUCCGUCAUGGCCUGGGGCGGUGUGUCACAGCAUCAUCGGACUGAGCUUGAGCUGAGCGUUGAGCUGAGUGUUGAGCUGCAGCCAAUCUCAACGCUGUGCGUUACAGGGAAGACAUCCUCGUCCCUCAUGUGGUACCCUUCCUGCAGGCUCAUCCUGACAUGACCCUCCAGCAUGACAAUGCCACCAGCCAUACUGCUCGUUCUGUGCGUGAUUUCCUGCAAGACAGGAAUGUCAGUGUUCUGCCAUGGCCAGCGAAGAGCCCGGAUCUCAAUCCCAUUGAGCACAUCUGGGACCUGUUGGUUUGGAGGGUGAGGGCUAGUGCCAUUCCCCCCAGAAAUGUCCGGGAACUUGCAGGUGCCUUGGUGGAAGAUCUGGCAAAUCUGGUGCAGUCCAUGAGGUGGAGAUGCACUGCGUGUCACGUAUUCUGCCGAGACUGCCCUUCCUUCUGGCUCGGGCAGGCUUCGGCGUUCGUCGUCACCGCAGUACUAGCUGCUGCCGCUCUAUGUUAUGUGUUUCUAUGUUAAUUUGAUUGUUGUCUGUUGUUGCACACCUGUUCCCUAUUAUGUUAGUUUGUCUUCCCUAUUUAACCUGUUCACGUCCACUGUGUGGUGUGCGUGUUUAUUUGCUUGUACGAGUGUCAUUUUGUGAGCGGGUUUGCUCCUCCCUGGUUGUGGAGUUUUUUUGCUUGUAUUUCUUUACUACUCAGUAAAGUGUUUCUUCAUCUCAUUCUGUGUCCUGCGCUUGACUCUGGCCUACCGCAUUCCACAGACAUUCGUGACACUGCAGUACUUAAUGCAGCUGGUGGCUACACCAGAUACUGGCUUUUCAGUCUCAAAUGGCUGUGAUCCUUUGAACACGUUAGGGGUGAUGAAACAACCGAGCCCCAUUCAGUAAAGGGAAGAGAAGUGGGCAGGGGCUAUUUGCACGUGGAGCUUGGCAAAAGAGGGCAUGAAUUGUUUACAUUAUUAUAUUCCAAACCCAACCUUAAAUUACUAAUUGUGACACACUCAGGUUCCAAACUCCAUUUUAGACAAGACUGACCAAAAUUCUCCUAUUUACACUUUGCAGUCCAUUUUGACACUAGAAUAAAUGUUUCUGACUCAUAUCAAUGCCACAUAGGCCAUUUUCAAAGCGAUUCAUUGAUUUUUAGGGGCAGUUGUUCUUUAAAGCGGAGGUGAGGUUAUCUUUUAUUCCUGACAACAUGUUUGAAGAAUAUUUCGCCCUCUAUUGGGUAUUAUCAUCUGAACAAAACUUCCUCCUUAACUUACGUAACUUAUUUGUUACCUUCAGACGAGUCCCGUGACACUUGUGGGGGUCGUAGAGCAAAACAGAGAACACCAUCACGUUCAUGAGAGUCUCCCAACAGUGGGUUCAUAUUAGUUUAUAGCCCAAACGGUUCGGACGCUAUAGACAGAAGUUGGCACAUUAUCGACUUAAAAUUAGUCCUGUGGGUCAAACCGUUCGGACACUACAGACGUUUUCGUGAGAAGAUCGAUCUUCGGGAUGUCUCAUGGUCUGACAAACGCCGCUGUAGCUCGGCCACCUUCCACCGCAGAUGUGGAAGGCUGACAUAGGCGGAUGCAGUGGAUUGCAUGCAAAAAAUAUCUCUAUCUUAAACUGACGGAUUUUGAUAGGGAUUUUUUUAUUAUGUUACUUAGAUUGACGCAUGGGUGGAAUCAUGUGCGUAAAUAGAUUUAAGGAUUAAGAAAUGCUAGCCAAACGACUGAAACCAAACGAGAGUGUUCUUGGGGAUGUGGGUGUGUUAUGUUCGCAUAUCGUACCCUGGAAGGUACUGUUGUUUGUCCCUCCUGAGUCACUAAAGCAACAACAUAGCCACUUCCUUAAAAUAGUCAGAAGAGAAAUCAAGAAAUCUGUAUUUAAUGUAGACGUUUUUGCCGAGGAGGUUAGUCACGCAAUUUUACAUCUACCUGAGGUGUAAUUCUCAAGUAAAAAAUUGUAAAUUAAAAAAUAGUUAUUGCACUGCAUACAGCCUAUCGAGUAGGGAAAGUCUGGUUGUGCGCUCAGGACUGAUUUCUGAGAACAAUAACAUGUCUACAACUUCAUCUUCUGCAAGCUGUAAAACUAUCAUAAAUAAAGCACAAGCUUUUCCACUAAGCAUUUGACAUCUUUUGGACAUCUUUUUUUUUUUUUUUUGGUGCGGUCCGGACCGGCCUUGAUUUCAACGUGAUGUGCAUAAAACCCUCCAUAGUCUGUGUUGUUAAAAUAUUAUAUGCUCACGGGGAGAAAUUAUGGUGUCUGUAAGUGUGACAUUGCCUAUUUAAAACAAGUGAUUUGUUUUGUUUAGAAUUGAUUAGAGUUAUUCAUUCUCUUUUUAGGCCUUAUCAACAAUUAAUUUAACUUGCUUAUUGACAAUGUUUGGCAUGUCCAUGCUCAGCCAUAAUGUAAUUUACAGUAGGCCUAGCCCCUAUAUCAGUGUGAAUGCUAUUGAAGCUAUGGAAUUACUUAGAACAAUGUGGACUGCAAAUGGGUUCAAGUUAACGUAUUUAGCAAAGAUAGGUCUACAUUUUGUUAUUUCAUUUCUGUAAGCCAUUUAACAAACUAUAACCCACUAACAUUGGAAUUGGAGUUGAUUCCAAGGGAAUACAUAAACGACUGUAAAUACACAACUUGAAGCAACCACAUAUUUCACCAUGGAGCACGUUCUGAUUGGCCAGUCAUUACAUUCAUUAUCUAUAGAAAAUUAUAAUUUCCAAUGCAGAGACAAUGUUAAACUCUCUUCCCCUUUGUCCUUUUUGCCCUUCUAAAUGUCUCCACCACUACUUUCUCUCCCUCCCAUCCCCCUCUCUCCCUCCCAUCCCUGUAUCUCCCUCCGAUCCCAGGUAUGAGAGGUCGUGGGAUAAGCCCAACAAGACCAAGUUGCUUCAGGACAAUGUGGAGCAUGCUGGGCGCUGCGACCUGGCUGAGAGGCUGCGCUGCCUCCAUUGGGGCCACCAGAAGCUGAGCCGCAGUGUGGAGCUGCCCCCCGCCUUCCCCUUCCUCAUCACCGUCCACAGGACCAUCAAGAACCAGAACGGCAUCCAUCGCAUCAAUGACCUCAGCCGCAGAUUCACCUGA